AUGACGCUCCAGCCAUCAGGCGUAGAGGUCGGUGUUCCGGUAUGGGGCUGCUCGUUAGUGUGGAGGCAUGGGCACAAGAUGUUUGCUACAGCAGUGGUGGCAGGGUAUGGGUCUGUUGAAUACAAAAAAUGGUGCUUACAAUCACCAUCUUAUUCACCACCAAAGAAGGAAAAACACGAAUACAAAUCGCCAAAGUAUGAGAAACCCAAAGAGAAAUCACCUUAUACACCACCAUUUUAUUCACCACAACCUUAUUCAUCACCGCCUUAUUCACACACACCUUAUUUAAAACCAUCUUAUUCACCACCAAAAUAUGAGAAAUCGAAAGACAAGUCACCUUCACCAAAGAAUGAAAACUCGCCUUACUAUACACCACCAGAGGAAAUCCCGCCUUACUAUGAACGAUCUUAUGGUUUGUAUCCCGCAAACACUCACCACUGA